AUGGCCAACGUUGCUCCUACCCUCGCUAGUGCUGAUGCCUCUGUGAUUAUGCCUCUGGCAACCGCCACUGGCUUCACAGCCAGUUUGACCGUUACUGACCCCGACAGUAACAUCCAGGAAGCUACCGUUUCCGUCAGCGGAGGUUACACGGCCGGUGAUCAGCUCUUCUUCACCGGUACUCUUCCUGUGGGAAUGACCGCCGGCAACUCCAACGGAUUGGCAGCGGAUUCUACCAACGCAGAUGGAGUGUUGAAAUUCGCUGGCUCUUUAACUCCAGCGGAUUAUCAGACUAUUUUGCAGACGAUUACUCUCAAAUCGUCCAGCAAAGACUGUGCUCCGAGAACUGUCACAAUUACGGCCACAGAUGUCCCUGGCGCGGUUUCUGCUGCGACCACCACAACAUUCGACAUCAGCGGUGCUCCUUCUAUUUGCUAUGUUGCUGGAAAUACACUUAUUGGAGAUAACAAUGCUGCGGGCGUCACUCCAAUUUCUGGCGCUACUCUCUACGAUGACACUGCCUUGAAGUCAGUCAGCAUCGCCAUCACCGAAGUCGACGCUGGCGACUUACUCUCAGUCGACCUUACAGGCAUUGCGGACCUCACUGUUGGCACCGGCUAUGACAGUACGACAAGAACUUUGACGAUCACACCUGUCGCACCGGCCACUACGGUUGCAUAUUCGACUUUCCAAUCGGCACUGCGCGGAUUGAAAUUCAGCAGCACGGGUGCCCUCGGUACUAGGACCUUGACUGUGACUGCCACCGAUGCCAACGAUUUGGUGCAGACGUCGUCGACUUUCACAGUUCAAAAGGUUGCUGCGCCUGUGAUCGCUGCACAGGAUACUAGCGCUAUAGCAAACGCAGACGCCGCGCCCGUCUCAUUUGCCUCUCAAGUUGCGAUCUCAGAUGCUGAUUCCACCCAGCUAAGCAGCCUUACAAUCCGUGUAAGCAAUAACGCUUCAGCUCAGGACACCCUUGAUGUUGACCUUGGGUCUGCUGUUCCUAUGCUUACAAAAACCUGGAAUUCCGUGGAGCGCAAGCUUACGGUGUCGGGACCGGGGACCAUGGCCGACUACCAGACAGUCCUUCGUACAUUGACAUUCUCGACUACCAACUUAGGCCCCGGCCAGAGGACAAUUGAGAUUCAAGCCUUUGAUUCAGACCUAAUUGGCUCUACUCCAGUGUCCAGUUAUAUCACUCUGAACGUGCCCCCGACCAUUGCCCCGUUGACCGCUCAGUCCAUCCGUGCCCACUUUGGCUCAGAGCCAAUUCUCCCCAACAUUACUCUAGGGGACAGCGAUGGCACACAGCUCAAAACUGCCGUGGUCAGUAUUGAUGCAGGAUACUUUGCCGGUGAUGCCGUUAUCGCCGCCGAUUCCCUGUCUAUAACGGGCAGUCCUAACAUUACGGCCUCUGCGUUCAACUCGUCCACUCUGUCGAUGACACUCAGCGGUUCCGCGAACAUUUCUGACUACCAAAAUGUUCUCCAGACCUUGCAGCUGUCAUCGUCCAAAUCUGGUGCCAGGACGAUUGGAAUCAAAGUCAUAGACAUGGAUGGAGGUGUUUCCGACGUUGCGCAAUAUACUGCAAAUGUUUACGAGAUUCCCCGUAUCUCGAUGGAUUCUCGCCUUCUAAUUAACGAAGGCACAACGGAUGCCAAGCUCGCUCAGUACUUGUCAUUGGCCGACCCCGACAGUGGUCAACUAAAAUCAGUUACCGCCGAGUUGACAGGCUACAUCCCCGAUGUCAUCAAUGGUACGAUCGCAGAGGGAAGCGCUAUAACUAGCGUCAUCGAGGGGUCGAAAGUGACCUUUAGCGGUCUUGCCCCGUUGAGCGAAUACCAAUCUCUUCUGCGUACCCUUGUUCUGGGCUCAGCGCAAAGAGGCUCUGGGUCCCGAAUUCUCUCUAUCAAAGCAAAGGAUGAUACCGAUAUGGAGUCUCUGAUGGCGACAACCAACAUAAAGAUCAACAGCGCUCCAACCAUUGCUUUGCCCAAUUCAUACCUUGCUUACGAGCAUGGUCAAUCCUUCAUUCCACUUCUCUCUGGUGUGCAGUUGGCUGAUGUGGACAACACCGUCAUCUCCGAGGCCGUUAUCCGCAUUUCACCUCUUCGUCACAACGCUACCACCGACAGUCUCUCGUACGCGGGUGGUUGUGCAUCAGGACUUAGCGGUUGGUUCGACAAGGCAGCUGGUACCCUUACAUUCCAAUCGGUUGGGCCGGUAGACAAUUACGCCAAUGUUGGCGCAUCCCUCUCCGGAUUGCAAGACUGUUUACGCACGGUUAACUUUGCUACAACGAGCCUGAGCGAGUACACACAUGAACUAGAGCUCAGUGUCUCGGAUGGGGCUGCCACGUCACAGAUAACGACAGUGAAAGUUGUCCCAUUCUCCAAGUCCGUCACCAGUGUGCCCGAUGCUGGGACGAAUAGCACUCAAGUCCCAACGAGCAUCGUCAUUCCUGUCACGCAAUCCAGUACCCAGCACCGGAUUGCGCCCCAAGUCUCAAUCCCUCCCAGCAUGACUAGCAUGCAGAUGGCCAAAGCAUACAUAACGGAAGGGUAUAUCCGAGGUGAAGAUACUCUUGUGCUUAACAAUACUGCUCCAGCAAUCAAUCAGACGGCUACCCUCCGCAAACGUGCCGUCGAGGACAUCACCGCAGCCUUUGAUCCCGUCGAGGGUUCGUUGACCUUGACCGGCAGCGCCGCUCCGGCCGAUUUCCAGUCAGCGCUGCGCAAUGUACACUACGCAAGCCUUGUGGAGACUCCCUCUACGACAAACAAGGUAUUUGGGUUUGUGGUUUCCGAUGGAGCGAAUCUUGUGGCGUUGCCUGUCACCAAGUUGAAGAUCAACAGAGCGCCAACGGUUGUUCAUACUCCACAGGAUUACAGCUACUACCCCAAUACUCCCUUCACAUUCCAAGUCGACAGCAACCGCACAUUUGCUGACCUUGACGGCGACGCUCUGACCAUAUCCGCCAGCUCCCUCCCAACAUGGGUAACCUUUGACGCAACCACAAACAUGUUUGCAGGCGUCACCCCCGCCACGAUCGGCAACACCGAUAUUGCCGUGGAAGCCUCAGAUGGAUUCGCCUCAGUCGGAACGUCAUUCAAACUCCAGGUGGAGCCUGCUCCCGCCUCGUCAAACAAGAGCGGAAAGAUUGCUGGAGGUGUGAUCGGGUCGGUUGCUGGAUUGGCGGUUGUAGGGUUGGGUAUGUGGAUGUACCGAAAGAAGAGGUCGCAUUUGUCCGCAGUUUAG